UAUGAAAAGCAUUUUUGAUUUGACAAAAUUUUUAUAAAAGAAAAAAUCAUAUUUUGAUGGUGUAAAUCAAUAUAAAAAUUUUAUUUCUUUCAUAAUAAUAAAUAUUAUGGAAAUUGGAAAUUCAGCAAAGCAAUUUCAUAUAAAUGAUUAUUAUAUCGAAAAUAAAAGGUUUGCGUUAAUUAAUUAUAAAUGUGGCGACUUUUAUUUUUCGUCCAAUUUCGACUCCGGGAAUUUGGGUAGAGUUGAACUUUACAAAGAUUAUUCAGGAAUUGAAUUGCCAGAAAAUGCAGUUCAUGCAGAAUUCAAUGUUUGGACUGUUCCAGACUGCUUUGGAACUUCAAAUGAAACACCUAACAGAACAUGGUUUUAUUUUUCCAUUCAAGGAGGAGGGUUCUAUCAAAACGCUAAAAUUAAUGUGAAAAAUUUAAAUCGACAAGCUAAAUUGUUCUCGCAAGGUAUGACUCCUGUAAUGAAAGUAGGACAAAACGGUCACUGGCAUCGAAUUAAAGAUAACCCAACUUUCCAGAAUGAAGAAGAAAAUUUUGUAAUUAGUUUCAUACACAAAGUGCAAAAUCAUCCAGAUACAGAAGUGUUCUAUGCAUUUACUUACCCUUUUACGUACAGAGAUUGUUUAAAUUUGCUUGCAAAAUACGACGAAAAGUAUUUGAAAAACAACGAAGAAACUGAUAUUCUUAUUAAGCAAAUAUCAAAUACAAACAUGCCCAUCACCCUUUUGUCACAAGAUGUUGAAAAUAUUGUUAAAAAGCAAAUGGCAAACUCUAAUUUAGGUUGCCCAUCUAACGCAAAUUAUAUAAAAGAUUUUGAAAACUUGGCUCGCAAAGAAUUACAAAACGAAAUAUAUUAUUACCGAGAGCUGUUGAUAAAGUCUUUAGAAGGAAGGAGAGUUGAUUUAUUAACGAUAACAUCUUUUCAUGGAAUACAAAGAGGAGUAGAAAAAAAAUUAGAUUGUCUAUUUCCAGAACCACAACCACGUUGUCACAUUUUCAAAAAUAAGAAAACAAUCUUUUUAUCUUCGCGCGUACAUCCUGGUGAAACUCCAGCUAGUUUUGUUUUAAACGGUUUUCUAAAUCUUAUUUUAGAUAGAAAAAAUCCUGUUUCAAUUGCAUUAAGACGAAUGUAUAUUUUCAAAAUUGUGCCUAUUUUAAACCCAGAUGGGGUGUAUCAUGGCUUUUAUAGAACAGAUACUUUAGGACAAAAUUUAAAUAGAAUGUAUAUGGAUACAAAACUCGAAUAUCAUCCUUCUAUAUAUGCAGUAAAAAAAAUUAUUAAAUACUACCAAAAUGGUGCUAAAACCCACCCAGACAUAGGUGAGAUAACAUAUGGUAUUUCAAAUUCCAAUUUAGAAACACAUACUGAUGGAGAAAAAAAAUUUGAUAGCAUAGAAAUUGAAUUAAAUGAAGAUCAUCAAGAUAAUAUUGCUCUAUCAAAAAUUCUAAGUUCUCGAAGUGAAUCUUGUAGUAGUGUUGAAUAUGAUAAUGUCGAAAUAAAUCCAAAAACAAAUAUUUCAAGAGGAAUUAUUGUAAAUGAAAUGACAUUACGAGCUACAGAAAAUGAGAACAUUGCAGCUAAAAAAAUAUUUAGUCAUUUAUAUGGAAAAAAAAAUUGUGAAACAAAAUUAAACAAAAAAGUUUCGAUAAGAACUAUGGUAGGUGUGUCGGCAAGUACGUCAAGUCGCAAUUCUGACAGCAAAAUAAGAGACAGUUUGGUGAAAACGCGUAGUUUAGUUAAAAAUCGAAAGAGCGAUCUAAAACCGCAUUCAUCAAAUUCCAAUACCAAUUCUUCAACCAUGCCGAUACCCAAACUAAUAGCAAUAUCUCAAAAUAAAGGAAAAGCAAAACUUCACACAAAAACACUAAUUUCUUCUAUAGAGUCUGGUUCGUCAAAUGUGCUAGAUAAUGGAAAUAGUUUAUUUUUAUACAUAGAUAUGCACGGACAUGCUUCUAAAAAAGGUGUGUUUAUGUAUGGAAAUCAUUUUACAAAUCUUGGUCAAGCUGUUGAAUGUAUGUUAUUACCAAAAUUAAUGACAAUAAAUAGCCAACAUUUUCACUUUGAUGCUUGCAAUUUUUCGGAAAAGAAUAUGUAUCGAAAGGAAAAGCGGGAUGGUCUUUCCAAAGAAGGUUCUGGUCGAGUUACAGUUUACAAAAUGACUGGACUUGUUAAAUGUUAUACGUUAGAGUGUAAUUAUAAUUGCGGCAAAUAUAUUAAUGUAUUACCGUCAAAAAAUAAUCUAUAUUCAAAACAAGUAAUGAAUGCGGUCCCACCAAAAUACACACCUUCAAUAUAUGAAGAAGUUGGAAGAGCAUUGGGGCCAUCAAUAUUAGAUUUAACGAAUUCAAAUACUGCCUCUCGUCUACCGAACUCAGAAUAUCGAACAUUGCAAGGAAUCCGUUCAUCAUUACGAUAUGAAGUUGAUAGAACCAUUUCUAGCCAUAGCAAAGUAAAUACGAACGUUACAUCAAAGAUUUCCUCUAAACGGCGUAAUCUUAAUUACUCCUCAUCAUCUAAUUCCACGGUUUUGUCAUCAAGUAAAGAAACUACUAAAGAAAAUUAUAGAGAAGUUUUAAAUAAAUGGAAUGCAGAUAUUAAUGCUACUGCAUGUUCAUCUAAUAACAAUAACAAUGCAAGUUCACAUUUACAACAGCCUCAACAAACUAAGUCAUCAAAAUUAUCCACAGAGACACCAACAUUAACGUCAUUAAUAACAGAAACAGCCGUAACAAAAGUAGCAUUAUCAAAUUCAAAAUUGAUCACAAAAACAAUAAAAAAACCUAAUUCAUACAAAAUACGUUCAACCUGCCUUUAUGGUAAAAAAGAUUCACCAAAUUUAAUAACAAAGAAAAAAACAAAAAUUCUUGUUGAAUCUUCAAAUUCAGUUGGCUGCGGGGGAAGUGCAACCUUAAAAAAGGAAAAUCAUCAUUCUUUACAAAAAAUGUCUAAUCGAUAUUCAACAAAUGUUCCUACCAAAAGGGUUAAAGUUACAUUAAAAACUAUAAGUGCGACCACAAGCAAUUGUAACAUUAAAACAAAUUCAGUAAAUACCAAAGAGAAAAACCUCAAGCAACAUCAACGGCAAGCUAUUACCACGCAAAAAAAUCAGCAAAUACAAGAUGAAAAACCAUCAACUUCGCAAAUAAGCAUUUCAAGUACAACAGCAUUUGAUUUCAGUAAUAAUCACAAUAAUUCAAAUGGCAGAAAUUCACCUAACAUUAGCAAACCAGUUGAAAAUUUACUGGAAACACCAACAACAUCUAAACCUGUAAUUAACCUAAUAAAUAAUGUUCCAUUAUCGAGGCCAUCAACCUUUUUGUUAAUUGGAUCAAGUAUAUCGUCACUGACUUCAUCAACAAAGGAUAUUCAAAAAAAUGAAACAUUAAAAACUCAAAUUUUACAAGAAGAUAGUAAACAAUAUUCCUUAGAAAUAUCUGAACCUAAAAUAAUUGAAAGUGAAAUAUUAAAUAGUGAAAAAAUGUCAAAAAGUAUAUCUAAAAAUGAAGUAGAAAAAUCAUUUUCUCAAGAUUCAGAUCUUUUUACUGUAUAUAAAAAUUCAUCUUAUAAAUGUAAUUCUGUUAAACAACUUAAACAACAAAUAAAUUCAGAUGACAAUACAGAUUUAAAUGAAGUAAACACCACCGCUUUAAUAAAACCUGAAAAUUACAAUAUUAAUAGUAAUAUAAGUAAUUUUAUAAUUCCAAGCUGUACAACAGUCUUAAGUUCAUCAACAUUUUCAAAUAUAAUUGAUAACUGCCCACCAAAUGGAAUUGAAGAUGAUAUUGAUCAAAAUAACGAUAUGGGAUGUAAAAAUAACUUUAAUGAUAAUUGUAGUGAUAAUAUUAUUUGUAUUAAGGAAAAAAAUAACAUUAAUAACAAUAAUAUUAAUAUAUCUAAAAAUGAAAAAAAUAAUUAUGAUAGCAGCGAUAAUAAGGAGUUCAAAAUAUUUUACAAAAACAAUGAAAAUAAUAAUCAAACAGAUUUGUAUGACCAUGAUACAAUCUCUGUUGAAUCCAGGAAAUUUUCUAAAAAAUUUUCAUUAUCAUCGUCAUCAUCAUCAUUAUUACCAUUAAUGAGAGCCAGAUGCAAAAUGAAACCAUCAAAAACUGAUUCCUUAAUAUAUAAAAAUAGAAAGAAACGAAGAGAUGGUGCAAAUAAAAAAAUUGUUCGAAAUCAUUUUUAUACAGCAACUGAAAAUUCAAAAAUAAAAAAGAAACGCAACAGAGGAUUGGAUUCAAUUACAAUUAAACACAAAAAGAAUAAAAUUCGCAACUCAAAAUUUUAAAGAUAAAAUAUAUUAUUUGUUUUUAUUUUGUUUGUUUUUAAUAAUUUUUAUUGUUAUAUUUGUUUAAACUUUAGAUUUAUUGGUUCUGACACAUUUGUAUGUAUAUUAAAAAAAAAAAAUUUUAAAAAAGAAAAUGAAUAUAAAAAAAUAUGUAAAAUUAAAGAGAAUAAAAGCAAAUUAAGAAUAAAAUAAUUACUUAUAUUAUUUUGUAAAUGUUAAAAUGUGAAAAAAAAUUAUCAUUUAUUUAAAAAAAGUUCUGUAAGUGAAAAAUGAAUAAAAAUAUAUUAGAAUUUAAUAAAUGAAAAAAAAUUAUAUUUUACGAAUUCUGGAUUGUUUAAGUUUGAGUUAAAUUGUUAUACUAUGUAUUUGAUGUAAUCAUAAAUUUUGAUUUUAUUUUAUGUUUAUUUACUUAUUUUCUAAAUUAAUAUAAUAAAUUUUUGUUUUCAUAAUUAAAUUUAAUCUUGUAAAAUUU